AUGGAGCCAAGGAGCAAUUUUGAAGAUUUGAUAACUUUCAUCAAGAGUUCUCAUAGAGAGCACACAGCCUUGAUUGAUGAGAGAUUGGAGUCAGCCUUCACUAGAUUGAAUGAGAAGUUGGAUUCUAUUUCUUCUUUCACAAGAGACUUGGAUCUUAGAGUUGCCAACAUAGCCAGCUCUAUUAAGAGAGAAGAAGGUGUGCUACCAGGAAAAGUGGAAAUCAAUCCAAGGAGAGCAGCUGUAGCAGCUAUCACUCUUAGGAAUGGAAAAGGGUAUGAGCCACCAGCAUACCCAGAUCAAGAGGAAGCAAAGCCGCCAAUCAAGAAGAAACCAAUGGAGUAUGUCAUUAUUGGAGAUGGACUGAACCACCUAAGGAAGUCCAUGUCAGAAUAG